CAUGUAUCUUGAGGCAUGGUCAUUUACGAACAGCGUCACCCUGUAAACUUGCAGCAACAACCCGUAAACCCACGCCUACAACACCAAAACUCAUCGUAUACCAGCCUCGAGUUCCCCUCGCGCCUCUCACGCGCUACUCCUCCACAGAAUAAUCAAAAAAAUCUAGAAGCGAGCACAGUGCCGGCCAUGGCUGGCAUGCAACCCGACCGCAAUGCUAUAAACGUCAACGAUCCCACUCUGAUCACGCUAGUCAACAAGCUGCAGGAUGUCUUCACGACAGUGGGCGUUCAGAACCCUAUAGACUUACCCCAGAUCGUCGUCGUCGGAUCACAGUCGUCGGGGAAGUCCUCUGUACUGGAGAAUAUCGUGGGGCGAGACUUCUUGCCCCGAGGAACGGGUAUCGUCACACGAAGACCUCUCGUUCUGCAGCUCAUCAACCGAGCCGCGUCUUCCAAGCCCACCACGAAUGGCGAGGUCAACGGCGACGGCAAAAUCAAGGGAAGCACAGAUAAGGAGUCCAAUAUCGACGAGUGGGGCGAGUUCCUGCAUAUACCAGGUCAGAAGUUCUACGACUUCAACAAGAUUCGGGAAGAGAUCGUGCGAGAGACGGAGGCGAAGACGGGUCGCAAUGCUGGCAUCUCGCCCGCUCCGAUCAACCUGCGCAUCUACUCGCCAAACGUCCUCACGCUUACACUUGUCGAUCUUCCCGGGCUGACCAAGGUCCCUGUCGGCGACCAGCCGAGAGAUAUCGAGAAGCAGAUCAAAGAUAUGGUGCUCAAGCAGAUCAGCAAGCCGAAUGCGAUCAUUCUAGCAGUCACGGCCGCCAAUACUGACUUGGCCAACUCGGAUGGUCUCAAGCUUGCAAGAGAAGUCGAUCCGGAGGGUCAGCGUACGAUCGGUGUGCUCACCAAAGUGGAUCUCAUGGAUGAAGGCACGGAUGUUGUGGACAUUCUGGCCGGCAGAAUCAUUCCUCUAAGAUUAGGUUACGUGCCUGUAGUCAACCGUGGCCAGCGUGACAUCGAGAACAAGAAGGCUAUUUCAUAUGCCCUAGAGCACGAACGACAGUUCUUCGAGAACCACAAGGCAUAUCGCAACAAGGCGUCGUACUGCGGUACGCCAUACCUCGCCCGCAAACUGAACUUGAUUCUCAUGAUGCACAUCAAACAAACCCUUCCAGACAUCAAGUCGCGCAUCUCAUCUUCUCUUUUGAAAUACAAGGCAGAGCUAGAACAGCUUGGCGACUCGAUGCUUGGUAGCCCUGCGAACAUAAUUCUCAACAUGAUCACUGAGUUCUCGAAUGAUUACAAGAGCUUGUUGGAGGGUAGCAACCAAGAGCUCUCAAGCGUCGAGCUUUCAGGUGGUGCCCGAAUCAGUUUCGUGUACCAUGAGCUUUAUUCGAACGGUAUCAAGGCGAUAGAUCCAUUCGAUGUCGUCAAAGACGUAGAUAUUCGCACAAUUCUCUACAACUCGUCCGGUUCAUCACCGGCACUCUUCGUUGGCACAGCAGCAUUCGAGAUCAUUGUUAAGCAACAGAUCAGAAGACUCGAGGACCCAAGCUUAAAGUGCGUUUCCCUUGUGUACGAUGAGCUUGUUCGCAUCCUCGGCCAGCUUCUCAACAAACCGAUGUUCAGACGAUACCCAGCCUUGAAGGAGAAGUUUCACUACGUGGUUGUACAAUUCUUUAAGAAGGCCAUGGAACCCACCAACAAAUUGGUUCGCGAUCUCGUCGCAAUGGAAGCUACGUAUAUCAACACUGGCCACCCAGAUUUCAUCAACGGCUCAAGGGCCAUGGCUAUUGUUCACGAGCGUCAUAACGCUAACAAGCCGGUGCAAGUGGACCCUAAAACCGGCAAGCCACUUCCGAAUGCUGUGCCCCCCCGAGCUGCGAGUCCAACGCUUGAUAGCUCUGAGGGAGGAGGCUUCUUCGGCAGCUUCUGGGCGAGCAAGAACAAGAAGAAGAUGGCUGCCAUGGAGCCGCCGCCAGCCACCCUCAAAGCUUCUUCGACGCUGAACGAGAAGGAGACCCAGGAGGUCGAGGUCAUUAAGCUUUUAAUCACGAGCUACUUCAACAUUGUCAAGCGGACCAUGAUUGACAUGGUGCCGAAAGCCGUUAUGUUGAACCUUGUGGGACAUACGAAGGAAGAAAUGCAGAAGGAACUCCUCGAGCAACUGUACAAGCAGGAAGAGCUAGAUGAGUUACUCAAGGAGAGCGAGUACACCAUCAGACGGCGGAAAGAGUGCCAGCAGAUGGUCGAGUCUUUGACCAAGGCAAGCGAGAUCGUCAACCAGGUACAGUAAAUGCGGGACAGUACAUAUUUGCGAGUUGGAAAUGGAGGAUUUUGGGCGCACCAAAGAGCUCUUCAUCGGGUGGGAUCAUCACUUGUUGCUGCCCGCCUAGGCUAAAGAGUUCUUAUUCGUCAUUAGUCAUGAUGUGCCUAUCCUUUCCUAUGCUGGGUGUCUUGAGUUGAAGGCUUCGAUAACCACCACAUUAGAUAGAAUAUGCUCUCAUUUUUGUGCCGCUGGUCGUAGGGCGAUAUUGAUAUCCUGAAAGGGAGUUUGAAUGGUGUGGAUAAUACCAUGAAAUAGUAUCGUUUCUUCACGUCACACGCCCGAUCUGUCCACAGUAGCUACACGGCCUAACUCGUCGUUGGACUCGA